AUGAUUUAUGUUACCCAUUUAGGAAGUCAAGAACCAACAACAAAACUUAACAGUGAAAGCAAAAACAGCGAAAAAUACAACCAAAUAGGUCAACGGAGAUCAGGAACCAAUAAGUCGUUAUUACAACACUGUGACCCUAUUUUGACCAUGUCUAAUCCUUAUGGGUAUGCAGCUGAAUCAUACCAGCCACCUCAAGCAAACUUACAUCAUCCACAACCUCAGUACACACAGCCAAUUCCAACAGCCUCAGCAGGUGUACCAGGAACAGGAGCAUCACAACCACCCCAUGUUCAAUCGCAACCAGGACAACCCCAGUUCAAUAAUUUCCUUAAUGAUCCUGCUGCUGCUCUAGCUUCACAGUUUGCCAGAUCUGGAUUUCAGCAAUCAAAUCAAUAUAUUCAAGAAAACUUUGGAUCUUUUUCUGGUGAUAUCAAAUACUAUUUUCAAGUUAGCAACUCUUAUGUGUUGAAGAAGAUUUUGCUUAUAUUGUUUCCCUUCCGUCAUAAGGACUGGACAAGAAUAUUGGCGAAAGAUAAUGGAUUGGGCCAGUACUUGCCUCCUUCUUAUGAUGUUAAUGCACCUGAUUUAUAUAUCCCCAUUAUGUCAUUUGUCACUUAUAUCUUAUUAUGGGCUGCUUUCCAAGGUCUUGGUGGUGGUUUCCACCCUCAAUUGUUUGGCUAUCUAGCAUCUCAAACUUUGGCAUUUGCUGUAUUGGAUGUGGUUAUAUUCAAGAUGGGAUUAUAUUUAUUAAAUUGUUCUCAGAUUAAGAUUUACGACAUUAUCAGUUUUUCAGGCUACAAGUAUGUUUCCAUCGUGGUUGUAUUGUGCUUGAAGCAUACUAUUGGCCAAUAUUUAGGGUGGGCCUAUUAUUUGAUUGUGUUGGGGUUCAUUCUUUGUUUAUCAGUGUUCUUAAUGAGACUGUUGCGGUAUAUCAUCUUGCCACCAAGUACUGGAAAUGCUGUCAGUAACAACACGGUGGUUACUAGCACACAAAGGAAGAUGAGAAUACAAUUCUUGUUUGUUUAUGCUGUGAUUAUCCAAGGUUUAAUAUUCCUUUAUAUGAGUAAGUAA